GAUCAUACAUUAUACUCAUAGGAAAAUACAUAGAGACGAAGACACCUAUGUUAAAGUAAUUAAUUUGAUUGGCAUUCCAGUGCAGUAGCAAUAUUUUUGUGUCGUUGUAAAUAUAAGAAGAUGCCGCCCAAGAAAAACAAGGGAGCCAGCACCAAAACUGAACAAAAGAAAAAGGAUAAGAUUAUAGAGGAUAAAACUUUUGGAUUAAAAAACAAGAAAGGGUCGAAACAACAAAAGUUUGUUAAACAUGUCAAUCAACAAGUUAAAGCAGGGGGCGACCCAAAUGCAAGGAGGAUUGAACAACAAAGACUCGAAGAAAAGAAAAAGAAAGAAGAAGAAAAGAGAAAAAGGGAAGAAAUGGACAGCUUGUUUAAACCUGUUGUUAUUCAGAACAAAGUUGGAAAAGGUGCCGACCCCAAGUCAGUGUUGUGUGCGUUCUUUAAACAAGGAUUGUGCCAUAAGGGAGACAGAUGUAAGUUCUCCCAUGAUCUUGCUAUAGAGAGGAAAGGAGAAAAAAGAAGUUUGUAUUCCGAUGUGAGAGAGGAAGAUAUGGCGAAUGACACAAUGGAUAAAUGGGACGAAGACAAACUGAAGGAGGUGGUUGAGAAGAAACAUGGGGCUGGUAACAAACAGAAAACGAAAACUGACAUUGUUUGCAAACAUUUUGUUCAAGCGAUUGAAGAAAAGAAAUACGGUUGGUUUUGGUCUUGUCCAAAUGGGGGAACUAACUGUAUGUAUAGACAUGCAUUGCCUCCUGGCUUCGUGUUGAAAAGCGAGCAGAAGAAGAUGGACGCUCAAGCUGAGCAAAUAUCUAUUGAGGAUCUUGUGGAAAAAGAACGAGCAGCACUGGGAUCUAAAGUUACAAGGGUAACACUGGAGACCUUCCUUGCUUGGAAGAAGAGAAAGAAGGAGGAAAAGAUCAAGAAAAUGAAAGCUAACAAGGAUUCAAGGCAGCGAGAUUUCAAGUCAGGGAAAUGUCUUGGGGUGAGUGGUCGCGAAGUGUUUGAGUUCCAACCUGAGAUGGUGGGUGCCGAUGAUGAUGAGGCCGAUGAAGUAACGUACGAGCAUAGUGAUGACGAGGCGGAAAAGGUUGAGAUUCGAGGAAUAUCCGACGCCAUGUUUGUUCCAGAGGAAGUCGAUUCAAGCGGAACGCAAGCUUCGAACGAACGACUGAAGUCAAUGAACCAUGACGAAAAUGACAAACUUUCUGAGGCGGCAGGUGGAGAGGUUGUAACUAAUGGUGUCACGAAAGAUGAGGUUGCCACAGAUGUCCCUGUUGAUGAAGACCUUUUCACGGAAGACUUGGAUGAUUUAGAUGCUGAAUUAGAAGGACUAGAUGUUUAGUUUCAUGUUUAUUUUAUGGGUGAUUGACAGCUCUUGCUGGGUUUUUCAAAAACUUUUACUCUGCGUUCCGAAAAAAAAUGCAAUUUUCUGGUUGUUAGUCCUUAUUUUACGUCUCACGAAGUUGUUUUAGGCUUUAAACAUAAUUUGCUUCCAAUCUGUAAGUUCUCAGUUAAUUCUAUGAUUUUGUGCAUGCUGCUGAACUACUGAAAGCGUUCAUGCCACAAGCCAACUAACUGCAGAUGAAUGGAUGUUUUGUUCCAAGAUACCGGGUGCUCAAAUCUUGUUAUUUAUAUCUUCCAAUGUUAAAUGCUGAAGGAAAGUUUUUCAAUGGAAUCGAAAGUGUUUUGUAUUGUUUAGCUGCCGUGUUGGAAGGUAGCACUGCAGAAAUGUGAAUAGAUCUUCUUUUACACCAGAUAUAUCAAGUUACGACAUAGAUGCUUGCUUAUGUGCCUCUUGUUCACUGUCAAGUUACACUAUAGGUAUUUUUGCAUAGUUAACUAAACACAUAUGUUUAGGUAU